UGGGCAAGAUUAGACUGUUCGUGACAAUAACAUAAAGGACAUACUUGACUUGCUUGAGCGAGCUGAACAGCCGCAUGAGUGUAGCGGGCUCAAAUGUUGGUCUGUUUCCUUCCUCCUCCCUCCCUGUCAUAAACAUUCCUGUAGUUUCGUUAAAAAACGCGCUCUGAAAACAGAUUGUCAAUGGUUAAUUCCGAGCAAGAGUACUUCGAAUAGUGGUGAAAGAAGGUAAGAUUGGCAACAAAGUGAAAUAUGGACCGGGGUGUAUCUGUAACGGAGCAGAGACUGGCCGAGAAACUCACGAUCUUGAACGAUCGAGGGAUUGGAAUGCUAACUCGAAUUUACAACAUCAAAAAAGCAUGUUCCGACUCCAAGUCCAGACCAGGAUUUUUAACAGAUAAAGCCCUGGAUCCUGCCAUUAAGGCUAUAGUGAAGAAAUUUCCAGUUACAGACACAAAGAGUGUCCAGGUUCAACCAGUUCACAGCAUCCAGAAUGAAGUUAUCAAGGGGCUCUCUAACUACUAUUAUACAUUUGUGGAUGUGAUGGAAUUCAGAGAUAACACCAGUGAACUUCUGACAGAGAUUGAUGCCAGUUUUGUACAUUUUGACGUUACUUUAAACUAUGACUUGACAAAGGCCUAUUUGGAUCUGAUUGUCACUUAUGCCUCACUCAUGAUGUUGGUAGCACGAGUAGAUGAUCGUAAAGCUGUCCUUGGCCUGUUUAAUCAUGCUUUUGAGAUGAAAAAUGGCAGAGGUGAAGACUCAUUCCCAAGGCUGGGUUCUAUGAUCGUUGAUUACGAAAAUCCACUGAAAAAAAUCGCUGAGCAAUUUGUUCCACAUCAACAGAGAGUGUCAACUGCACUUCAUUCAGUUCAUGAAAUAUAUAUCAGAAGAAACUCCACUGGUGAACAGUGGCGCCAAUCACAGAUUGUCAGUAUUAUCAGUGCACCAUUGCAAAUGUUGAAUCCGGUAACCAGUGAUGUGCCUCCAGUAGAGUACUUAUCACUGGAAACAGUUCAGAAGUGGAUAUUGUUUGGAUACACACUCUGCCAUCAGCAACUUGCCAUGCCUGGUGUGACAGACAUGUGGAAGGUUGCGCUACAGGACGGCUACUGUAUCACUUUGUUCCGGGAUGAAAUCAUCAUGUUUCAUAAGGAAUUCCAGAAUUUACUUGAUGGAAUGAAAGGAUACAACAAGCGGGUAAAAGAUAUUCAAGAUGCUGCUACACAGGCAAUAGCAACAAGAGGCCCAGUUCACAAGGAGCGACGUAAUUAUCUUAGGACUGCAUUAAAAGAAAUGUCAUUGAUUCUUUCUGAUCAACCAGGUCUCUUAGGACCCAAGAUUCUUGUAGUGCUUGAAGCAUUAAGCAUGGCCAAAGACGAAAUCAUGUGGCUUGUCAGACAUGCGUGUAAUUCACCACCAAAAGGAAGAAAGUUGAACCAAGAAGACUAUGUUGAUGUCAAAUUACCCCAGAUGUUGCUUUAUGUGGAGGAAGUCAGAGGUGCAAUUCAGAAGUAUGUCUCGGUGUUGCAGCGGUAUUUUGUCCAGUACUUAGGCGGCUUUGAUGUCGCAGUACUCAAGGAAGUUGUACAGAAAAUUUCAGUCUGCUCUGAUGAUAUAUCCAUGAUAAUGACCUCGUUUAUUGAUGAUCUGUCACAGCUUAAUGUCAAGCAAGUUGAAGCAGGAGACACGUUUGAUUUUGAGAGCCUCAGAUUGGACUGGAUGCGUCUCCAGGCUUAUACCAGUGUCCGUGGAGCAGCACCAGAGUUAAAAGAUAACAAGGACUUAGCAGUGCUGAUGAACAAUGUGGCAUUCCAUUCCAAACUUGUCGAUGCACCAGAAAAGCUUUUGAACGAGAUUUCUGACCUCUCAAUUUUCUGGAUACGCCAUCCUAUUGGAGACCGCAGUUUGUCUGCUGUGAAUCUGUUCCUUGAUUCUAUGGCAAAGGAAGCCAGGAACAUCUUGAGUCAGAUGUGUCCGGAUUAUAUUCAACUCAACCAGCAGCUAUGGCAGGUGCAAGCAGUUCGUCUGAUGACAGAAUUUUCUGCUGACCGAAAAAAGGACAAGAAUAAGAAAAAUGUGCAGAGUGAGUUUGUUCCACCCGGCAGUGAGAGCUUCAGAAAGACCAGAGAAUCCUUGACAACGUUGGAUCGAAAGCUAAUUGCUUUGACGGAAGUCUGCCGCGGGAUCACCUACACAGAGGCCAUUCCGGUGUGGGAACACAUCUUUGCUCCUCGGGAAUAUCUCAGCUCUCAGCUGGAGGAGUUCUUCACAAAGUCUGUGGUUACCAUGGCCCAGUUUGAUCAGGAUAACCUGAGGAUUGCUCGCCCCUCUGAAGUCCUUGGAAAUAUCAAGGCAAUGAUGGCUACGUUGCGGAGUCUGGAAAACUACACUGGUGUGGACAUGGCUCGUUUGUUCAAUCACGUGCUGCUACAGCAAACACAGCCUGAGGACAGCCAGGGAGCUAUCACCAUCACCAACAUGUACACAAUAUGNUUUUUUUUUUUUUUUGCUAUUUGGUUUUAUCUAAGAAUUAAUAUCUUUGCAAUGAUGGCUACGUUGCGGAGUCUGGAAAACUAUACUGGUGUGGACAUGGCUCGUUUGUUCAAUCACGUGCUGCUACAGCAAACACAGCCUGAGGACAGCCAGGGAGCUAUCACCAUCACCAACAUGUACACAACAUGGUACCUUGAUGUGUUCUUGCGGCGCGUAAUGACGGACAACAUUGUAUUCUCUCCUCGCCGUCGUGCUUUUGUCAACAAACCUGGUCAGGCAUUUAGAGCAGAGGAGUAUACAGAUGUUAAAGAACUACAAGCACUCGCUGAACUGCUUGGAGCUUAUGGGAUGAAAUAUUUGGGACAAAAGAUGAUGCAGCAAAUUGCGAGCCAAGUUGGCGAGAUUAAGAAACUCGUUGUUCAAAACAAAGAUGUGUUGACCAGCUUACGGACAAGUUUUGACAAGCCAGAACAAUGCAUGGAGCUCAUCAGAAGGCUGAAAAGUAUUGAAGACCUUGUGGCUAGAGUUGUAAUUGUUGGCGUUAUUUUAACGUUCCGUUCGCUGACUCAAGAAGCCCUGGAAAUGGUUCUAAAGAAGAGGGUGCCAUUUCUCAUGAACUCCAUUGUGGACUUUAAAGAGCAUUUCCCUCACGGCAACAACGACCGACCGCUUGUUGAAGAAAUGGCCACAUCAGCUGGCUUGCAGUGCGAGGUAGACCCAGUCCUCUGCCAAGCUCUCCGUGCCCAUAAAGAAAAAAAGCCUGAAGAGGACUCUUUGAUCUGGGCCUUAUUCCUGGUGUUUGUCGCUGUGGCUCUUCCUUCGUUGGCUUACAGAGACGCCUCUGAAUACAAUGCCGACUUAGAAGCGCAUGAAAACAACGCCCACUGUAUGGCAGCGUCCAUCAACCGCUUAGCAGGCGCUCUGUGUUUCAACAAUGGAGACAACGCUGAGGAAAGACUCCGAGAAUUUUUGGCGAUCGCGUCUUCUAGUUUGUUAAAGCUGGGAAUCGAAGUAGAGAAGGAUUUGAAGGCUCGUGAAUCCACGUACCUUCUCUUAGAUAUGAUCGUUAACGAUUCUCCAUACCUAACAAUGGACGUGUUGGAGUCAUGUUUUCCAUACGCCCUACUGAGGAAUGCCUACCACGAGGUGUACAAGAGAAAGCUUGAAGUCUGGUUGUAACUACACAAGUAAAGACGCUGAGAUGUACACACGAAGCGCAAGGCGAAAACUUCAACUAAAAGAAGACAAGUUUCUCGUGGACACCCUUAUGAUUAAUUCUCUGGCUUUCGUUUCACUCGGCACUGUUUUAGUCUUUUCUUUAGUAAUGUGACCAGUAUGUAAAAUCUCUGCAAAAUCGCUUUGAGUGCCCGGUCAAAUUCUCCUAUCUUGUGCUAUCAGAGCUGUAUUAACACAAGUAAUGAGAAUGUGUAUGUUAAUACCAAGGUUCAAAGGGUUUUAAAUCAUCAGAUUCCUAAACUGGUACCGUAAAAACCCUGUGGAGGCCAGUCAGAAAAAUUUGAUAGUUUUUGAAACGGUCACAAUGCACGCAAGUCAUGAAUGUCCGCAUUCAUGUUAAUUUUUAUAAAGGUGUAAUGAUAAAAGGUAGAGAAGAUGGGGGAAGGGGGUGAUUUCUGACCAUGAAAACCUCGAUUUUAAAUUGAAGCUGGAACUGAAGACAGCGUCAGACAUAGUGAAGGGUACAACGAGGUGUUAAAUGAUUUUAAGUAUUUGCACAACUGUGAAGUUCUGUAGAGGGAUAUUUUCGGAUUAUGAGAUUCAGAUAAACAAGACAGAUCGCACCCGAUAUAGCCUAACAACAUCAUCCUUGCAUCGUAAUUGCUACUAUAUGUAUCUGUUAGUUGUGCUCCUCAACUUUUAAUAAACCGGAAAGCAAGGAGCGUUUUUCAGA